CCAGUAAUUCCCAGAGAAGAAGGAAAGGACAACCCAAAAAAGGGCAUAAAGAAAAGUUCGAGAUAGGGAGGGCUAUUGAUUUCAGGAAGGAAAGGGGAAAGCCCUUGGAAGAGCUUCACAGGGGUUUUUGACAUUUCCUUUCUGGAAUCAGUUUUCCGUUGGAUUUUUAUUUUCCCGGGAAAUCAUUAGCCGAGGAGAUCCGUACAUUAUUGGAUGGGUGGUUUUCUUGCAUGCUAUCGUGAGCCCAAGUUGAUUAAGUCACUGAAUGAACCUUCAAAAGAAUUGAGGAUUCGAGGUCGGACAUCAACUAAACCGAAUAUAUCAGAAGACUUCUGGACCACAAGUGCUUGUGACAUGGACAACAGUGCUAUGCAGUCACAGGGAAGCAUUUCAUCGAUUAGCACGUCAAAUCAGAUUCUAGUUCCUCAUGGUGCUGCUGGUGCAAAUGUUCCUUCUGAAUUUGUAAACCAUGGUCUUCUUCUCUGGAAUCAAACUAGACAGAAUUGGAUAAGGAAUAAAAGGUCUGACAACCAGGCACAACAGAUUCAAGAACCCAAAAUAAAAACUUAUUGUCUCUCCAUGGUUAAACAUUUCUGGCUUUGCAGUUGGAAUGCAACCUAUGACAGUUUACUUGGAAGCAACAAGCCAUUUCGCCAGCCAGUUCCUCUCUCUGAAAUGGUAGAUUUUCUGGUGGACGUUUGGGAUCAGGAGGGGCUGUAUGAUUGAGAAUUUGAAGGCAAGCUGCAUCAACUAUUGUAACACGGGAAACUGCUUCUACAGAAAGAAGGCAAUAAGGAAAGGAGGAGUUUGUAUGUCAACUGUAACAUCAUUUUUCUAGUGCCUGCCCUAUGGUUUUCAGUUCAUAGGCCUCCCAGACAUGUCUUGUAUUGUUUUCAAUGUUAUAAAUACAGCAGCAUUGGCUCAGAAUUGUCUCAAACUGCACCGAAAUUUCAUAUGAAAAGAGUAACUCAUACAUUAUGAGAACCAA